UCAUUCCACUUUUCCGAUAGAGAAAGACCAUCUCCAGACCAGGCGUUUCUGUUUUUCCUCUGCCUGACGCUUCAGAAGGCAUCUUCACAUCUCGUCGCAGACGCUGAAGAGACGCUUCCAGGAUGGCAACCAUCACCUGCACACGCUUUACAGAGGAAUACCAGCUGUUUGAGGAACUGGGAAAGGGAGCCUUUUCUGUGGUGCGGAGAUGCGUGAAAGUUCUCUCAGGGCAAGAGUAUGCCGCUAAGAUCAUCAACACAAAGAAGCUGUCUACUCGGGACCACCAGAAGCUGGACAGGGAGGCUAGGAUCUGCAGAUUGCUGAAGCACCCCAAUAUCGUGCGUCUGCAUGACAGCAUCUCAGAGGAAGGCCACCACUACCUCAUCUUUGACCUAGUAACGGGUGGUGAGCUGUUUGAAGACAUCGUCGCCAGGGAAUAUUACAGUGAAGCAGAUGCCAGUCAUUGCAUUCAGCAGAUUUUGGAGGCAGUACUGCAUUGCCAUCAGAUGGGUGUUGUGCACAGAGACUUAAAGCCAGAAAACCUGCUUCUGGCUUCGAAAUCCAAAGGCGCAGCUGUGAAGUUGGCAGAUUUUGGCCUCGCCAUUGAGGUUGAGGGGGAACAACAGGCCUGGUUUGGGUUUGCCGGCACCCCUGGAUACCUGUCCCCUGAAGUCCUCCGGAAGGAUCCCUAUGGAAAGGCUGUAGACCUGUGGGCAUGUGGUGUGAUUCUCUACAUUCUGCUGGUUGGAUAUCCACCCUUUUGGGACGAAGACCAACACAGACUCUAUCAGCAAAUUAAAGCCGGCGCUUAUGAUUUUCCUUCACCUGAGUGGGACACAGUCACUCCUGAGGCGAAAGAUCUAAUUAAUAAGAUGCUGACCAUCAACCCGUCCAAACGCAUCACUGCUGCGGAGGCGCUCAAACACCCUUGGAUCUCACAUCGCUCCACUGUCGCAUCUUGCAUGCAUAGACAGGAGACUGUCGAAUGUUUGAAGAAGUUCAACGCUAGAAGAAAGCUUAAGGGUGCUAUCCUCACCACCAUGCUGGCCACCAGAAACUUCUCAGGAGGAAAGAGUGGCGUCAGCAAGAAGACGGAUGGUGUGAAGAAAAGCAAGUCCAGUUCCCGCACCCAGCUGAUGGAAUCAUCAGAGAGCACCAACACCACAAUUGAAGAUGAGGAUACUAGAGUGAGGAAGCAGGAAAUCAUCAAAGUAACUGAGCAGCUGAUUGAAGCCAUCAGCAAUGGAGACUUCGAGAGUUACACGAAAAUGUGUGAUCCCAGUGUUACAGCGUUUGAACCCGAGGCUCUGGGAAACCUGGUGGAGGGGCUGGACUUCCAUCGCUUCUACUUUGAAAACUUGUGGUCAAAGAACAGCAAGCCGGUUCACACUACCAUCCUCAACCCUCACAUCCAUCUGAUCGGCGAGGAAGCCGCCUGCAUCGCCUACAUUCGCAUCACACAGUACCUAGACAAUAACGGGAUGCCCUGCACUGCCCAGUCUGAAGAGACACGAAUCUGGCAUCGUAAAGACGGCAAGUGGCAGAUAGUCCAUUUCCACCGCUCAGGCUCUCCAGCUGCCAUCGCUAAAUAAGAGUCAGUUUAAAACAGACGCAGGAUUAAUCAUUUGAGGAUGCAGAAGCUCCCAGCUUCUCAUCUUUUCCUUGAACUCCAUUGGCCCUCUGCUUCACAGCGUCAUCACAUUUACAUUAGCAUUUACUCAGAACCUUUCUUUUACGGAUAAACUACGAUGAAGCCACUUUGCUGUUGCAACCCUGCUGUGUAGUUUGGUUUUCUUUUUAGUUUUUAGCAUUUUGGGUGUUUACAAAUCAUGUUUUGACCAUAAGUGCUACAUUUGCAACUAGCCUAGAUAUUUUACAUUCAAUUUGGAGCAUGGAGCGACUAUUACAUUCCAAAAAAAUAAUAAAAUACAAUAAAAAUGAACCUGUGGUUUAUAAAAUCGACACGGGUAUCUAGAUAGAUGCAGUGAGCAGAGUUUUCAAUCUCUCUUUUAUGUCUGUGAAAAAAAUCCUUGAAUGUACAAUCCGAAUUAAAACGGAUCUCCGUUUAUACGCUUGAAAUAACAUCAAUACUUUUUUGAACUCUACGAUUAUUGAUAAACUGCUAUAGGGGAGGAUAUUGUAAUAUCUUUUAUACGUGAAUGUGAUCGAAGAGAUGUGAAUACACAGCUAAUCCUUCACUGCCCAGUUUUCAGACAAUCAGUUGAAAGCACAAGUGAAUUUUCUGAAUUUAGCCCUUAAAAUCGAAGCUGCAUCGAUGGCAAAAAACACACACAAAACCUAGUAAAAGAUCCGCACUGCAAGAACCGAUGGAUCAAGGGGGGGCUGAGCAACCCACUCAAAGGACUUAAAGUUAAAGACGCUGCUGACCUUUGCAUUAUCAAGAGCUGCAAUGGUUUGUUGGGCUACAUUAAAUGCAUGUCAGACCUGUGCUCCAAAUCUGGCGUGGUGUGCGAUGUGCUCAGAGCACUUUGACAAAGUUCUUCCAGUAGAGUUGGCAUAUUUGUUCUUCCUUUUAGGAUUCAGGGAUGUUUUUAUUUUCAUUUAUUUUUCUCUCUGUUACAAAAGGAAGUCAUCAAAGCUCUUAAAUGGUUGAUUCGAUGUCUGGGCUUUACUUCUAUUCAAAUUCAGCAGAAGAGAGAGAGAGAGAGAGAGCUUUCAAUAAUCAGUGUUGUUAACAGUUGGGGACGUGUUAAAUCUACUGAUGCGCCAUUUGUUUUACUGUGACAGUCAACAGAAGGCGCUCACUACUCACAAAUUCAGAUUUAUUAAAGGAACACUCCACUUUUUUGGAAAUAGGCUCAUUUUAAAAAAUUAGUUUUGCCAUUCUGAAUCCAUUCAGGCGAUCUUCGAGUUUAGAUUAGCUUAGCAUAAAUCAUUGAAUUGGAUUAGACCGUUAGCAUCUCAUUAAAAAUAUCAAUGUGUUUUAUAAAGGUAAACAGAUGAGUUUUACCAUUUUAAAUACCCUGAGCUGAUCUUCAAGUUUGGCGGGAGUACUUUAAGCAUAGCAUAGCAUAAAUCAUUGAGUCAGAUUAGACCAUUAACAGCUCAUUAUAACAUUACCAAUGUGUUCAUAGAGUUUAUAGAGUUAAGAAUUUUACCAUUUUUGAAUCCAUUCAGUUGAUCUGCAGGUUUGGGCAAGCACUUUAGCUUAGCUUAGCAUAAAUCAUUGAAUCGGAUUAGACCAUUAGCAUCUCAUUAAAAAAAUACUAAUAAGUUUACAUAGCUUACAGAAUUAAACAGAUGAAUUUUAAUAUUUUGUUAUCUA